UGUGUGUGUUAGAUUUUUUCAAACGAGGAAAAAUGUUUCGUUUUAUUGUGUUAGCAUCGGUGCUUGCGCUCAGUGUACAGGGUCAAUACAAUCCUGAUCCAAAAACGGCUGCUAUUAUUAGUGAGCAACGUUACCUGUCGGGUGAUGGAAAAUUUGGCGCUGCAUAUGUACAAGAAGAUGGGACAGACUUUAAAGAGGAAACUGACUCAGAUGGAACUCGCCGAGGAUCUUAUAGUUACAUCGAUCCAAACGGACAGAAACGCAGCAUUUCAUACACGGCCGGAAAGAACGGAUUCCAAGCAACCGGUGACCAUUUGCCAGUACCACCACCAGCACCAGCUCAUGCUCAAUUGGCUGCCGUCCAAGCAGCUCAAUACAAUGCAAAGAACUACGAUUUGGGUGGUGCUGAUGGUUUUGAUGAUGGCCAAUAUGAUCCACGGUACAACGAUCCAAGCUUUGAAGGUAACUCGCGUGGUGUCCCAGUCCAAUCUUCCUACGUUCAUCAACCCGUUCCUCAACAACCACAACCACAAUACGUUCAACAACCGCAACCACAACAAUACAAUAAUUUGAACAACGUUAAUUACAUUGCACAAUAUCAAUCAACAACACCAAACCCACAUCGAUUCCAACCACCAGGUAAAUUAUCUUUGAGCAGAACUCCGGAUGGCUUUAGUUACAGCUUCAACAAAGUUUAAACACGUUCCGACUAUUUUUUGCUGUAGUUUUUUCUCGUUUUUUUUUUUUGCUCAAACAUGUGAAGCAAUUUAUUAUUAUUAUUAUUACUACUAUAUUCUUUGUACGUUGUUUUCUGUUUGUUUAUAUGUGUAACCAAAUCGAUAUUUACACAAACACACUUAUGCUUUCAAACAAAAUACUCAACAAAAAAUCACAAUUUCCCUAUGAA